AUUUGCCUAUUCUUUCACUCAUGGCAAACUUCAAACCUAAACAUUGAUUAACCAUCCCCCUCCUCAUGCCCAAACCUAAGUGGGUGUGUCAUGUAGUAAAGUGGGUGUGCGUGUAGCACAGUGGGUUUAUCAUGUAGUAAAGUGGGUAUGUCGUGUAGAUACUGUGAGUACGCAGAUAGACCUACUUUGCUGGAUUCUCAAGAUCACGCAAACCGAUUAGCGCAUUAGGUUCGGGUCAGGUGGCGUAUUGGUGAAAUUCGUUUUUGAUUGAUAGAGAAAUGCAAGCCUCUGAUUGGUUAAAUUUUAAAUAAAAUUGAUGGUUAUCCCGCCCGUUCAAAAUAGUUACCCCGACCUCUCAAGGUCUCCGGUUCAGUGUUGCCAAAUGUACGAUAAUUAUCGUAAUUGUACAAUAAUUUUGCCAUCUGUCUGAUCAGUAAUGCCAGAAGUCCCAUGAUGUACGAUAAUUUGAUCAUAUUGUGACAGUACAGGGCAACCUGUAAGUGCAACGUCCCACAAGUGUGUCAAUUGCUGCCUUCCAGUGCUGUGGGAAAAAAACUCACAUCAAGCAAAGAUGCAACCAAUUGGACAGUAGCCUAGAUUUCUAGAGCAACAUCUAAACAUCACACUGUCUAAAUAGCUUCAAACAUGAAUGUUUUCCUCUCCGAUAUGCUUCAUUCGAUAAGAUAUUUUACAUUAGUAAUUUAGAAAUGUUUUGAGUUGUCGUGAAAUGUGAGUUGUGACAAAGUGGGACUUUAUGGCGCCUCCAUAAACGCAGCAGGUGUUGCAGCCAGCAAAGGCAGCAGCAGCAGACCGUGUUUUCUGAACUUACACAUUUACUCGUAUUUGUUCUCUUGGUUAUGACUCGCGUACAAUAAUUUUCCUCAGAAUACGAUAAUUUUAAGCCUCUGGUACGAUAAUUUCACAUUUCCCAUCUGGCAACGCUGCUCCGGUCUACAGAGUCUCCCUACUCGCCCUCUCUUGUUAGGUGGAAAUGAGUCAUCCAGCGUUAUCGCAUUAUUAGGUUAUUAACAACACAAUAAACUGUAGCCUAGGGAUGCUAUCUCAUCUCAAGGUGGGGACAGUUCUGUGUCAGAUUUUUUUCGACCUCUAUGCAGCCUGAAGUCAGGGUGUGUAACUUGUUUCUGAACACAUAAUACAAACUCAAUUUGUUAAAAUAUGAAAUGAUAUGCGUUAGUCAAACUGUUUUGAACAUCAGGACCUUGGGCGGGUUUUCUCCAAGCAGUGGGCGUCUCGACGUCAUCGUCAUCCCCAUUAGUAAAGUCAGUAUCAUAUAACAGAGCUGUCAGUUUACCUGGAUAACAGGUGCUGAAGGCGGUUGAAAUUGCACAAGAUGAGAGGACGUUAUAAAAGAAAGGACCCAAAACAAAGGGCUUAUGGCUCGACAGGGAGUGAGGCUGGGCUCUCUCCACGGCCGGGGGACACAGCGGCGGGCUUGGCCGAGCCACACACACCUGUUCCCCGUCUGAUCGUUCAGGAUGUGGGCGGUAAUAACAAAGGUUCAAAAUGUUCCAGUUACGCUGGUGACAAGGUCUACCUUGGAGUGCGUGUCAAGAUGCCAGUAAAGGAUCUGCUGAGGAACAUCCGCGCAGCCCAAGGCUGGGAUCCUCAAGACUUUCAGGAGACGGAGUACAGCAAAACACUCAAAGGAGACAAGAAACGAGUCAAAACUCGCACAGGACGCCGAACUACCAAGAGAAAACACCCCACAAAAAGCCUGGAGGAGCUGGCAAUCAUUGUGGAGGUGCUGGAGGAGGAUCUCAGGACCAGCAACACCUACCGCUCCCCUCCCCAAACUCUGUCCCCCUCCGCCUCUCCAGUGUCACCUGAGAGGUCUCCUGAGUCAAAUGGUGCAGGUUACAACAGUGACGAGUCAGAUGAAAUGAUUCUCAGCCCCCAGUCCUACAUGACCUACUCACCAGGCACAGCAGAGUACCAGCAGGCCAUGUCCCCUCCUGGCGUCAUGCACACCAGCCCUCAGCCCUCCAGCAUCGAGCUGCUGCAAGAAGGAAACACAGGAAGUGAUGGUGGAAGAGGGGACGAGUGGCUGGGUCCACAGAACCAGGACCGGAACCUCAACAGUUCUACUUUCUUCUGGACACAGCUGCAGAGAGAGGAGAGCCAGCUGAGGGACAUCUCGGAUGCGGUGCUGCUGGCCACCGAUGAACACGGCAGGACAGCUCUCCAUGAAGUGGCAUGUGUUGGAAAGAGGGCGCUGGGCUACGCCAUCGCAAACAGGAUGGCCGCACUCAACAGCCUGGACCUCAAAGACUCUGAUGGAAUGACUGCCCUCCUCCAUGCAGCAAAGCACAACCAUCACUCGAUGGUGGCAGAUCUGAUCCAUUUAGGCGCCAACAUCAACGAGCGGAACAACUCAGGAAAGUCCUGCCUCCACCUCAGCGCUGAGAAAGGCUACAUCAGGGUCCUGGAGGUUCUAAAACACACAAUGAUGGACGGUGUGUAUGUUGACCUCGAAGCCACUGAUAACUCCGGAAUGAGUGUCCUUCAGUGUGCCUCAGUGGCUCUAAAGGCAACAGUACAUGAGCUGGAAAGCAGUAAAUCCCUCAAUCACAUCAGACUCCACACACUCCGCAAAGAGCAGAUGAUAGAGACCCUGGAGUGUCUACUGCAGAUGGGCAGCUACCCUCAUAUUAUGGGGAGCCGGUGUAUGCAACCUAGACUUGAAUGAACCCGGCACAUCUGCCCGGCAGGGCAUUUUGGAACCCGACAGUAAUGUUCUGAGUUGGUUCAGGCUUGAAUUUGUCACAGAGAGAGCAUAAUUAGUGUGUUUCUUUUCUCUCUAAGCAUGAAUUCAAACCUGUUAUAUAAAGCAUCUGAUGUUUUGUGUGUGGUGAAAAUGCCUGACUUGCAAUCAGGUAUUUAUUGUAACCCGCACAAGAAUGUUAGGUACACAUUCGCUGGUUUCUGUGAAACUUCCAUUGUUUGUUACAUUAGAGUAACAAGUUGCCCUCAGUUGGUGUGUCCUUGGAGAUCCAGUUGUAAAAUCCUAUGGAAUGUGACUUUGGCAGUAUGCAUUAUUUUAUAUGAUAAUGCAUUAUUUUCAAAAGACAGUUUUAGUUGUUUGGUUUAUGUUGUAUACACUUCAUCGCUUUCAAUAUGAUUCCAAUCUAGACUUGCUAAAAAUCAGAAAUGGACUGCCAGUCUGAAUAUGGGCCAGUCUAGUGACAUUGUCCAGGUGUGUCAUAAGUAGUGGCCUCUACAUACAGUAGUUUCCAGCUUGAUUUGAAGCCAAAGAGAUUCAGAGCCAUAGAAUGGACACUUGGAUCUUUAAAGGACUUGUAUACUAGAGGACAUUUGAAGUUUUAGUAUUGUACAGUGAGGGGAGUGUGUGCAGUUUCAUUUGACCGGCUUUAAAUGACUGGUGUUGUGUGCAGGGAGUUUGUGCUGUAUAUGCAUUACUCUUUGUUCAUUAAUUCAUAUAGUCAAGUUAUUGGUCUUAUUUACAGGAGUAUAAACUGUAUUUUGUAGGGCAAGACAAAUAUAAAUUGGUCUGUGUUUAACCUACAGUAUCUUAAUGAAUCGACUGGCAUAAAGUAAUUCUUAGGUAUUUUGAGAACACUUGUUUGUUAUACAUAUAUUUAAGCUUUUAAAAAUAUUCUUCUCAUUUAACUUUUGGCAAAACAGGAAAUAUAUUUUUUUAAUGUCAAGAUUUUUUUUUUAGAACAAGGGUUAUCAGGAUACCGUGUUGUAGUCUGUGUCAAAAUUUUAGAUUUGUAGUUGUAUAAUUACUAUAUAGCAUUAUUUGGUUAAAGCCAUACAUGCAGUCACUAAUUUACUUAUAAAUGUUUACUGAUGAAUUUUGUGUAUGUUUUGUUCUCAAGAAGCUCUUGUUUUCUGGUUGCUUUGCCAACAUUGGAUUUAUAUCACUUUUUUUAUUUUAAAGAGUAUCAUUUUCUGGGUUAAACUUUGCCUAUAGGCAAAGAUGCUGGUGUGAGGUUUAAGAAGUUAUCUGAUGACCUAUUCUGUAGAGGUUGUGGGAAACGAUGAACCCACAAGCAGCAGCACAAGCGGUUUAUACAUAAGCAAAACAAGUUUUUUAUACUAUUAAUAAAGAUGUGAGUAUUUUGAAGUAAUAGAUUGUCACUGAGUGGUAUACACAGCUAGCAUGAAAUUUAUUGACAGGGGAGGUUUGACAUUAUUGUUGUUAUCGCUGGUCUAUAGUAAACAAUGUGUUUCAGUUGCCAGUGAGUGGUUGGGGGAAAUCAAAGUCAUCAUACAUGAGUAAUAUUUCUUGUGGAUCUUCUUAGAAGGACCACAUCUUUGGAGGGGUUUAAGCCCCAUUUUGCAUAGCACUUUAAGUCACAAAGUGCAUUAGAGUCAGUAAAAUGCUAAAAUGCUGCUAUCCUUUAUCUAAAGGAUAGCAUAAAGAAUGGACACCUAACCAUUAGAAAAGACUGGUUCACAUCUAUAUUAAUAAUAACCACAAAGGUUUUUAUUUACGGUCAGUAAAUAGUGAGAGUAAACCAUUUAAAAUAAAAUAAUGAAGUACUUUUUUACUCAGGUGACAUAAUGUCAUUCAUUUACUGUAUCUUAGACUCAUACUACUCAUGAUCUCCAAAGGUUAAUGGGCUUGCUAGCUAGCCUAAGUUAGAGGCUGAUAUUGGUUGUAUGAACUGCUUAUCCUCAGUCUGCCUCCAAAAUAACAAUUACAUCCUUACACAUUCAUUUCUGGGAGCUAAUUGCACUGUAAAUAAUUAGUAGAGCAGCAGGUUUUUUGUUUUUGUUGAUAAAGGCAUGCAUUGUAGAGCGUAUUAAGGUGACUCACAGUGGUGGCGGUUACUGGUUGUCAAUACAAUUCUGUAACAAGGU